GUGGAGUUUGUCCGGUCCUUCACACCGAAGGUCAACGAGCCUCUCCCGACCCCCCUGCUAACGCUGAGCCUUGAGGCUGUCCAUGGUGAGGUGCAGAUAGCACCUCAUCCGGACGACCUCAAAAUGAAGAUUCUUGAGUUGAUCGAUGAUGUCACGAAGGUGACAUCUUCCAUCAUGAGCAUCGAGUACGAGCUCGUGCCCUUCUGCAAUCUGCCCCAACACCUCAUGUUCGAGCUCCAGCCGAACAAGGAGGAGCGCAAGGCCGAGGCAGAGGCGUCCGCUUCGAGUCCUGCGGACGAGGUCCAGCUGUUGAGAGCGGCAAAGGCUGCAACGGCAGAGGUCAUCGAAGAGUGCCUUCAUGGACCUCGACAGGUUCAGGCGAGCUACCAGGAGUAUGCAUACCUCUUCAAGGAGGAGGUUGCGGGUGACAUGGACCCACUCGAUGUGGAGGCUGUGCGAGAAAAGACAGAUGCGUACUUGCAGGCAGGCACACAGAUUGAGAAGCUCAUGACCGAGGUGGUGAAGUUCCCCUUGUUCGAGCUGCACUGCAUGGACAUCAUCCAGCAGAUGUCGCAGAGGGCCUACCACCUCGCAGGCUGUUGCCUCCAGACCGUGGCACAGAGCAUCCAGGAGCGUUCGCAGGCUGUGCUCACGGAGUGGCACGAGACCCACGAGCACAUCCUGUCGAACCCGGAAGAUGAGGAGGAGUUGGCAAAGCUGAAGCAGUUCAUGAGCGACCUCCCGCAGCUCAAGACCAAGCCACUGAUGCAGACCACGCGGCACAUACACACUCAGAUCAACAUGCUUGCGGACUUCAGCUUUCAGAUCGACAAUGAGGUUGUGGAACGUGCCUUCUCCUCCUUUGCGUGGCCCCUGCAAAUCCAAAUCGAUGUGGGUGACUCUGAACGAAGCCUGGACUCUCAGAAGCAGAAGUUCAUGGAGAAGCUGGACCAGGAGAAAACAGAGUAUGAGCGGGACAUGGCUAGCUACCAGGAGGAUUUGGAAUGGCUCAGAGGUUUGAAUGACUACUCGCUGGCAAUGAAAUGCGCUCACCGUAUCUACUCUCUGAAAGAGAACCUGGAGAAGGCCGUGGUGCGGGUGCAAAGCUUCGUGGACAGAGAGCGGCUGUUCGGCAUGGAAGUGUCCGACUACUCCGCUGUGGAGGUCAUGAGCGAGGCCUUCGAGCCGUACUACAAGCUCUGGAACAGUGCCAUUGACUUCAAGCACUCAGAGGAGGAGUGGCUGCAGGGCGUAGUUCAGCGCCUGGUGGCUGAAGAGAUCGAGGCCAUGGUCGAAGAACAGUACAAGGAGAGCUAUAAGACCAUGAAGCAGUUCGAAGGCAAUGAGAAUCCGCUGGCAGUGGCCAAGGAUCUGCGAGAAGAAAUCUCGAACUUCCGUGCCAACAUGCCCGUCAUCCGUGCCUUGUGCCAGGAG